AUGAAGCCUCUCGUAACAUCAUUCUGGUUUUUCUCGUGCGACUAUGUUUAUGUCAAGGCUAGGGUGGGUGGGAAUGAACAUAUCCGUGGGCUCGGUCCUAUGAACGGCGAUCCCAACGACCGAUUCUAUUAUGUGCAGAAGGAUUAUCUUGAGGCCAUCUCUGUACCGAAGGCUUGGGGCAUCGUAGACUCUGCUCCGAAGAGAACACACAAUACUAUUCUGGACGGUGUAAGCAUACUGCCCAUAUUCAAGGGUGAGAUACCGACUAACGUCAAUGACACUAAGGCUCUCGAAUAUCUCAUCCGUGAGAAGAAAGGUGAUGUUAAAGUGGUCCUGUUAACGGAUGGGUUCACAGCACCCGUCCCAUUGCCGAUGCAGAUAAUUCAGAGAGCUGCUGUAGCUGGCAUGCUCGUUGUGAUAUCUGCAGGGAAUAGGCAUCUGGACAUGGACAAGACCGAAUACUAUCCUUGUUCCCGCCGGGGACUACACGGUGGAGGAAUCUUCUGUGUUGCAGCCACCAAUGGUACCAAAAUGCAGCUUGAUGACGAAAGCAAUUUUGGCUCAGCUGUUGACAUUGCCGCUCCAGGUUACAAUUUAGCUGAAACAAAUUUCAAUGAGGGGUACAGCAGGGGUACAGGCACUUCGGGUGCCGCCGCUAUCGUAGCAGGUAUAGCUGGGAUGCUCUACAGCCUUGAGCCUUCACUGAAGACUAAGCUGACUCCUGCUUACAUCAAAAGUGUCAUCAUGGUCACGGCCACCAAAGGGGUCAAGGAUAAUAAAGGAGAAAAGACUCUCUCCUUCGGCCGCGUGGAUGCUGCGGCAGCUGUUGAUAAGAUGCUUGGAAGAGGGCCUCUCUUAAAGGGGCGGUAUAAUUCCCCCAUUUCGACUCCAUUUUCUGACGACAGAGCCAUCCACGUACUUGUUUCGUGA